AUGUCAGUAGCCGUCUUUUCGGCUUCUGCUCUACCAGAACAACGAGUUGUGGGAGGAUCGCCAGCCACACUUGGACAGUUUCCGUACGCCGUUGGUUUUAUAACUCGAAUCAACAUUCUACAAUCCGGUCAGUGCGCUGGAUCGUUGCUUUCGUCUCGAUUCGUAUUAACCUCAGCCAGAUGUGUCAACGGAAUUCAGAGUGCCGUAGUCGUCUUGGGUGGCCUCGAGCUGAACGACCCUGUUGCUCUCGGACAAGUUCGGCUAACCGUGACGCAGUUUAUUGUGCACAGUGGAUAUUAUGAAGACUCGGACAACUUUGAUGUCGCUUUGGCUGGCCUUCCGAUACCUGUGAGUUUCACGGACAAUAUCCGCCCAGUGCGUCUUCCAACUCGUCGACAAGUAGAGGCUCCAUUCAAUGGACAGCAGGGGACUUUUAUGGGCUGGGGCCGAUUCGGAUCAGGAAACACCAAUUCCCCGGUGCUGCGAUUCGGUAGUUCACAAAUCAUGACAAAUGUGGCUUGUCGAUUGAACCUGCCGACAAAUUCUAUUCUUGAUCAACACAUUUGUACGGAAGGCUUCAGUGCCGAUGCUGGCCGUGCGUCACCCUGCCCUGGGGAGAAUGGGGCACCACUGACUAUUACCGACGCCGAUGGAAUCACUACUCAGGUGGGCGUGUUUUCGUUCAACUCUCUUCUGGGGUGCGAAAGUGGUCGUGCUGCAGUUUUCACUCGCAUGUCAGCAUACCUGAAUUGGAUUGCGGACAACUCGGACGUUGAAAUCAGAGAUGGUUUUUGA